AUGGUCGUCAGAGGGGGACCUGCGGGGGUGGUUGGCGUCGUGGAGGUCGUCGAGGGGACGGAUGAGCUGCUCGGCGCAGAAGAGCUGGGGGCCUCGGUCGUAGUUGACGCCUCGACGGAUGAGCUGGGGACAGGCGCCAAGCUGGAGACUGGUGCCGAGCUGGAGACUGGCGCUGAGCUGGGGACAGGUGCCGAGCUGCUCGGGACAGAGACAUGUGCUGUUGACGAAGCAACAGCGGUUGAAGAAGCUGAAGACACAACGCUGGACACAACGCUGGACACAACGCUGGACAAAACGCUGGACGGGACAGUGGACGAGACGACCACGGAUGAUGCUGACGACAAGACGACACUAGACGAUGCGGCGGAAGAGACAACGCUAGAUGAUAUCGUCGAGAAGACAGUGUCGGACGUGGGCAAAGAGACGAGGCUUGACGGCACCGACGACGAAAUAACGCUGAGAGCGACAGUGGACGACACAAUCUCGGAGGAUGCCGACGAGGGAAAGACAGAAUCCGAGGAAGCCGACGAAGAAAAGACAGAAGCCGAGAAAGCCGACGCCGAGAUGGCGGACGUGGCUUUGCAUCUUCCCUUCCUCGGCGCCGCCAAGACGGAGGCGGAAAACAGAGGCAGCAACGCCAAGAGCCGGAGGCUGAAACGAGUGUGA